AGCCCGGGCGCUGAAGCAGCUGGCAGCACAGGCAGAGGAGCCCAGAGCCCCCGACGGCGUCCGGCUGAACCAACCGAGCCCCGCCAUGGGCAGGCGGGCGGCGGAGGAGCCCUGGCCCGCUAGGGGGUCGCCCGGGCGGUGGAGCUCCUGGCCCGCGGCGCUGCUCGCAGCCUCUGUCUUGAACUCUUGCUUCCUGCUAACCCAAGCCCAGAACAUUUCUGUUGAAUUGGACCCAAAGUGGCCGUUAAAAGGACACACCGUCACUCUGACUCCAGCAGGAAAGACUGAGAUUAUUACAUGCACCUGGUUUCGAGAUGAGCAAAUUGAAUCAAAAGAGAUCUUCACAUAUGUUCCAUCAAUUUCCGAGCAACAGAACGGUCCAGCCUUCACUGGGCGGGAGACUGCAGGCCCAAACUGUUCCCUGGCGAUCAAAUUGUUGACCUUUGAGGACACUGGAAUCUAUAUAGUGAGGAAGACUGUGAGGGGUGGUCCUGAAACAGGGCGUGCGCACGUACAGGUCUCAGAACGUGUGUCCAAUGUCAGCAUCACCAGUCACCCCGCCAAGGUCAUUGAAAACGAGCUCACCGUUCUGACCUGUUCUUCUGUUGGCACCAAUGUUUCCUACGUCUGGUCAAAAGGGGGCCAGACGCUGGAGUCUGCAGGGCACAUCUCUGUGAAUUACAGCAGCCUCACAUUCAACCCAACCUGGCGAAAUGACACAGGCAGCUAUACCUGCUAUGGACAUAACAGUUUCUCCAACUCCAGCGCCACCUAUCCGCUGAAGGUCUUCUAUGGGCCAGCUGUGCCGAUAAUCAGCCCCCAGCAGUACGAUUAUGCCGAGGGCUCAGCCUUCACUCUCCACUGCCGCGCUGACUCCCUUCCGCCACCAGAGUACACCUGGUCCUUCAACGGAAGCGAGUUUCCCGAGAAGAGCCCCCAGCUCUCGAUACCUAGUCUGUCCUUCGACAUGGCUGGGAAUUACACCUGCAGCGCUUUCAACUCCGAGACCAACCUUUCCAGCUCCUCAACUCUGAAGAUCAGGGUGUUGGAGAAAGUUUUUAAUGUAAGCAUUCAAGGCCCUUCUGAAACCACUGAGAAUGAUUCAGUGAACCUCACUUGCAGCUCUCGGGGCAGUGAGGUCUCAUACACUUGGUUUAAAGAGAACCAAACCUUGGAGGACGGAGGUCACAUCCUUCUCUGGGGCCCCAAUCACGAGAUGCUCACCUUGAACCCAGUUCAACGGUCCGAUGCAGGUUCCUACACCUGCCGUGGGAAUAACAGCGUCAGUGACGACACCAGCGACCCCUUUCCACUGGACGUGUUUUAUGGGCCUGAUGACCCCAUAAUCACCCCACAGGAGCACAAUUACCUACAGGGUAAAGACCUCAACCUACGCUGCCAAGCCGAUUCCAAGCCUGUGGCUCAGUAUACUUGGUUCUUUAAUGAAAUGGAAGAAAUUGGGAACGGCUCCCAGCUCUUGAUCCCUGGCCUGUCUUUUAACAAUUCCGGGAAUUACACCUGCAAUGCUACUAAUAUUAAGACUGGCACCUCCAGAGCUACAGUGUGGGAGAUCCGAGUGCUAGAAAAGCUGUCCCCGCCAACUCUGUGGCCUAAAGAGUUGUCUGUGAAGGAACACGCGAACGUUACCUUAAACUGUACCACCUCUGAACACUCGAGUGUCACCGUCUCCUGGUACAAGGAUGGGAAACCCAUCCCAGAUAAGGCAGCGCUUUCCGAGCGGAACCGAACCCUCACCAUUCCUGACAUCAGUAAAGCGGAUGCUGGGACUUAUACGUGUGAGGCCAAGAACGGUGCUAACAAUGCCACAAGCAACCCCAGUAAAAUAUUCGUGGAGGAUGGGCCAGGUCCGCCUUUCCCUCCCGGGGCGAUAGUCGGAAUUGUCAUCGGUUGCCUGGCUGGAGUUGCGCUGAUUGUCGUCGUGCUGUAUUGUACAUUAAAGAACACUACCUUGGGACCAGGGCGUCACUGAGACCAAACCCACGGUGGGCGAAGAGGACAUACAGUAUACCACACUAGCCUUCAGCGGCGGCAGUCCUACUCAGCCAGGCCCGAAGCCCGCUGUUCCACUGGACAGCGGCACAAUUUACUCAGUAAUCAAAAACAAAUGAUCGGGGGAUAGAUUCCCCCCCACCUGCAAUCUCCUUAUGCCCAAACAUACACUCCCUUCUAUGCCUUCCCCCUGCUUCCCCUACGUGGACUCAGAGAGAGAGAGCACAUUGCUUCUGGGGGAGGAGAAAAAUCAUGUACACACGGACACACACACACACAAAUACACCGUUUUGAUUCUCCUUUCAGCCUUUGCCCAGCCCCCAUCGCUGAGAAUAAAAAAGGAAGUUUCCGUCCACGCCCAGCUGCCCGUUGUAAUGGAACGGCUGGCAAUGCGGCCCAGCGAUGAAAAGCAGGCUUUAUUUUUCCACCUGCCAGGAGUUGGGUGCAUGCCAACGAAGGUUGCUUCAGGUGUGGGGGCAUCUUGCCACCAUCUGUGCCACCCCUGCUGCUUUUAGGGCAGUUCCAGGCACGGCCGCAAUCUCCCUCUGCCCGCUAUCUCUUGGGUUUGUGUUGCCUGGCAGCUGCGGAUUCUCCUCCCUCGGGCCUUCUUCUGUUUGCCAAAAACACCACUUCUGAAUUCCCGACACCGGCCACGGUUGCUAAGAAAGCACUCGUCGCCGGAGGAGUCCGAAAAAGCGGCAAGGUUUCCGGGGCCGACAGGGCAGCCACAGAUCGACACCAACCUUCCUGCCUGUCUUCUGACGUCAGCAGGAGUGAAAAAGGAGCCGGUUGUCAGACACAGACUGUUGCUCCGUCAUCCCCAGCUGUACCGUUCUCUUGCUGUCCAACCAACAGUUCUGCUGAGCGAAAUCUGAUGCCGUUCCAGGGGUGGAUGCAGACUCUGAGGGCGUGAGGCUCCCUUUCCAAUUUGCACUGAACUGGGCUGUGGUGAUCGUCUUUCUGCUAGACGAGGCCCUGAUUUGUCUGGGGUGCUUUGAUUGCGUCUUCCUGCAUGGCAGAGGGUGGGACUCGAUGGCCUUUGUGGUCUCUUCCAACUCUAUGAUUCUACGAUUUUAUGCUCCAUCUUAUUAUCUCCCACCCAGUCCGGAUCACAGCUGACCGGCAGAAGCCCCGCAGUACGGCUGCCGAGCAGAUUAAAAGCACAAGCUUGCGAGAUCAAGCACAACAAGAUGAGAAAAUAGUGAGGGUCAGAGGUUUUUCCCCUCCCCGGCUUUCCUAGAGAAGUGGUGCUCUAAGGAACAGAGCAGAAAGGCGUUGCUUCACUUCUGGGUUAAGGAGGAGGUGCCUUGAAGGUAGACAUUUGGGUUUUUUAAAAUGUGGGUUGGCUACUUGGGGAGGUGGGGGGAUAGAGAUUCCCAGGGGCUAAAGCACAAUGGGUUGGCUUUAGGAUACCACUAGUGGUGUUGUGGGCAAGCAAGCAGCAGAGUCUAAUCUGGAGAACUGGGUUCAACUCCGAAUCCUCCGCAUGAAGCCUGCCGGGUGACCUUGGGCCAGUCACGGCUCUCCCAGAAAUCUCUCCACCCGUGCAGAGGCAGGCAACAGCAAACAACUUCAGAAUGUCCCUUGACUUGAAGACCCGACAAGAUUCGAUGGCACGUUCCACCUCCACCUCCAUAGCUCUGGCAGAGGAAGGUAUCUUAGAUAUCAUCUUGCAUCAUUGGUGGUCGUAGAGCAGAUGGACGGGGCCUUGGAUUCAGUCCUGAAACACCCACAUGAAUGCACCCACCUCUGCCACAGUGUUUUCUUUGGCCAAGGGACCGCCGUUCCCUUGGCCAACCUCACAGUUCCCUUGGCCAACUUAGCCAACCUCACAGGGCCGUGCUCAAGUUAAAGAUGCUCAAAAAAGCUACACCGUCUUCAAGGCCGGGCGUGGGGCAGGGGAGUUUAGAUUGACCGCCAGUGGGAAAUCAGGAUGUGUGGGAGUCCCCGUUCUCCUUUCAUUCCCCCCACCCUAAAAGGAACGCUUGAAUGAGCAGCACGGGGCAGGCUGCUCGACUACCCUGUUUCCCCGAAUAUAAGACAUCCCCUGAAAACAAGAUGUCGUAGAGGUUUUGCUGAAGCGCGAAAUAGAAGGCAUCCCCCGAAAGUCAGACGUAGCACAGUUUUUGUUUGGAAGCAUG